UCCUCUGCAUAAUAAACGGACGCUGUCCUCUUUUCAAUGUACCAGUUCAUUUUCUAUUGAAAGCGAAGCGCGUCGCGUCGUCACGUCGGCCAGCCCAGAGCGGCAGCAGCAGCAGCGGCGGAGAGAAGAAGAAGAAGAGGAGACGACAGGAUAAAACUCUCCUUAUUUAUCCUUUUCAUUUCCUCUUCGCUGGAAUAACUUGGCUUGCCGGUAAAUCUAUCGGUUUUAGCGGUACACAGCCGUUAGAUAAGGCGAAUAACGGACAGAGAUGAGACCCGGAUAGCGGCAAGAUUCGCGCAUGUGAUGCCAGGCCGACUCUCACAGGCGGAAAACCUCCAUGUGUGAUAGCGCCAUCACGGUUUUUUAAUUUCAAAAAGAGGGGUAUUUAUUCCAGUAGCUUGUGGAGCUUCACCCGAUGCUGGUGCCCUCACUACUGUGUGAUUUCGCUGAGCUAGGCUGCUAACGGUUGCGCCACUGCCCUGCCGCUUGAUGAGCCGCGUGAACCUUACGGGAUGAUGCGCAGAAGAAACCUCCACCUCAAGCAGACAUUCAGGCGUUAAUGGCUCAUUAUUCCCGGCAAAACCCCCUCUAAUAACAAGGUUGUGUGAUAUAAAACACAACCUCCUAUUGUGUGUGAGUGUGUGUGUGUUUGUGUGUGUGUCUGAAGCUACCGGGCCCUGUCACAAAACUGUCCUGCACGCGCAGAAUGGGCCCGUGUCUUAAUUUGGAAAACAAAGAAUUAGGCUGCUGAAGAAGAGGAGGAGGAGGAGGAGGAGGGGUAAUCUGGUUGGAUAAGCUUAUUUUACCGUUUUUAAGGUGCUUAUAGCCACACAGUCUGGACUCUAACUGCUCCUUUCUGGCCUCCUCAUUUGGAGUAUUUCCCCCCCGCGUUUUUUGUUCUCUCUCCCCACCGCCCCACGAUGAGCGGUGACACCGGGGACUCCGGGCCGGGGGAAGUGGAGCCCAUGCCGGGAUACCUGUACCUCGUCAGCCGGGCCUCCACCGUGAUGCUGGGCGCCUGGAGAGACUGUAGCUCCUGCGGGCUGGAGCUCUCCAAACGGACUCUCCUGGAUAACGCUUACAUUACCUUUACCGAAAUCGCCCUGUUCUUCUUUUGCGCCUUUUUGUGGACGCAGGUCAGGCGGGGACUGACAGAAAGUCUGUUUCAGCCUCUGGCACGGUGGUGCCGGCUGCUGCCCAAAGAUGCUGCCAAGAUGCCGGAGAGCGCGUGGAAGCUGGUCUUCUACACCAUGUCGUGGUCCUACAGCACCUACCUGCUCUUCUUCACCUCCUACUCCUUCUUCCAUGACCCCCCCUCUGUCUUCUACAACUGGCAGAGCGGGAUGUCAGUGCCUGCAGACAUCGCCAUCGCCUACCUGAUCCAGGGCAGCUUCUACGGCCACUCCAUCUACGCCACCGUCUACAUGGACGCCUGGAGGAAGGACUCGGCCGUCAUGGUGGUUCAUCACAUCAUCACGCUGGCCCUCAUCUGCUUCUCCUACGCCUUCAGAUAUCACAACGUGGGGAUCCUGGUGUUGUUCCUGCACGACAUCAACGACAUCCAGCUGGAGUUCACCAAGCUCAACGUGUACCUGAAGUGCAGAGGAGGAGGGUACUUCCUGCUCAACGACGUGCUGUCCAACAUGGGCUCCGUCAGCUUCAGCAUCACCUGGUUCUGGUUCCGUCUGUACUGGUUCCCUCUCAAGGUCCUGUACGCCACCUGUGUGUCCAGCCUGCAGUCGGUCCCCAACAUCCCCUUCUACUUCUUCUUCAACGCACUCCUGCUCGCGCUGCUGCUCAUGAACAUCUACUGGUUCCUGUUCAUCGUGGUGUUCGUGGUGAAGGUGCUGAAGGUGAAGGAGGUGAACGACGUCAGAGAGUACGAGGAGGAGGAGGGCGGCCGCGCGGCGCUCAGAGAAAAGAACAACAAGCAGGAUGAUGCUGGACAUCACAACGCUGCACCGGGGGGGAAGCACGUGCAGAAUGGGGUCACCAAAGAGAAGCACCUAUAACAGCCCCCCCCCCCCCCCCCCCCCCCAGGCGCCGCGCUGCAGCUGCAGACCAGACGCUCCUCCUGACGUCCAAUCAAACCGUGCGAAGAGUCCGAGACAGGAAGUGAGAUCCGGCUGCGAGGAGUUUCUACUCUUUUUAUUUGUUUUAGGAACAUUUCAUUUCAUCGCUGUGGUUCAGUUUUUAUUAGAGAGCAAUGUGAAUGUUAUUCCAGGUUUGUCCUAUUGUUGCUAACUUUACAUUUGAUAGGUUCAGUAGAAAUGUGGGGAAAUCAGGAGCGUCGGAAGAGGGAGAAGUUUAUACAAACCCAGAAAAUACUCGGAUUU